UGUGACGUUUGAUUAUGACAAUAGUCCGUUUUUUACAGAAAAGAGUAGAGUACGUUCAAUUCACGAGAAAAUUUUUCGUCAUGAAUAAAACCUCCGUUGAAAACAAAACUGGAAAAGAAUCAGCACGACUAAAAGCGAAAAAGGCAUCAAAGGAACGUUUAACGGAGUCUCACAAAAACAACGUGAAAUUCGAAGUUUUAUCUACACCCGUGAAAAGUGACAGUGAUAAAAAGGAAUACAAAGUAAUACGUUUAGAAAAUGGUUUAACUGCGUGCCUUAUUUCUGAUCCGAGACCAAUAGAAGAUGAUGAAAAUGAUGAGGAGUUGACUUCAGAUGAAAGCGAUGAGGGUAGUGAAGAAGGAUCGGACCCAGAAGACGGCGAUGAAGAUGAUAACGAUGAUGAAGACUCUGUUCAGGAGCAGAAAAUGGCUGCAGCAAGUUUAUGUAUAGGUGUGGGUAGUUUUAGUGAUCCUAAGAACAUUCCUGGAAUGGCGCAUUUUCUUGAGCACAUGGUUUUCAUGGGCAGUGAAAAAUUUCCCAAAGAGAAUGAUUUUGAUGCUUUUAUUUCAAAAAGAGGUGGAUCAGAUAAUGCUUCUACUGAUGCUGAGGUGACAACAUUUUAUUUUCAGUGUUUAGAGAGAGAUCUUGCGACUGCGCUUGAUAAGUUUGCACAGUUUUUUAUCUCGCCAUUGAUGCUGAGAGGGUCUAUUACCAGGGAACGUGAAGCUAUUGAUUCUGAGUUUCAAAUGGCACUACCAUCAGAUUCAUACCGUAAAGAGCAAUUACUUGCAAGUUUUGCUCAAAGUGACAGUCCUGUGAAUUCCUUUGGUUGGGGAAACUUAGCUACUUUAAGAGAUAAUGUUUCUGAAGAUGAUUUGUAUUCUGGAGUGCACACUUUCAGAAAACGGCAUUAUUCAGCUCAUAGGAUGACUUUGGCAAUUCAGGCUAGGCUUCCGAUGAAUGUUUUGGAGUCGUAUGUGCUGGACUGUUUCAACAGUGUACCAUCCAAUGAUCAGCCACCUGAUGAUUUUUCACAGUUUAAAAACGUUUUUGAUACCCCGGAGUUCAAAAAACUAUAUUACAUCCAACCUGUACACGAUUUGAUGCAGCUGGAAUUGACGUGGGCUUUACCCCCUCUUCUUGAUAAAUACAAAAGUAAACCGCAGGAAUAUGUCUCUUUCCUUCUUGGAGACGAAGGAAACGGAAGUUUAUUGUCAUACUUAAAGAAAAAGGUUUGGGUGUUAAGUAUAUCAGCUGGCAAUGGCGAAUCCGGAAGCGAAUAUAAUAGUUUGUAUGCACUUUUUUCAAUAAACAUGACUCUGACUAAAGAAGGCCUGGAACACUUAUCAGAGGUUAUUGAAAGUGUGUUCUCUUACAUCAAUAUGGUAACAACUAUUGGACCUCAAGAACGUCUAUACGAAGAGAUGAAAAUAGUUGCUGAUACAUCUUUUAAGUUUGCCGCUGAAGAAACGGCAGUUGAAAUUGUAGAAGAAUUAUCGGAAGCGAUGCAAAUUUAUCCACCUGAAAACUACUUAACGGGGUCGGAUCUAUUUUUUGAGUAUGAUCCUGAAGCUAUUAAAAUGGUACUAAAUUGCUUAAUACCAGAUAAAGUGAAUAUCAUUGUUUUGUGUAAUAACCUACCCCCUGGGCUAAUUUUUGAUAAAACUGAAAAGUGGUUUGGUACCAAAUACACAGAACAAGCUAUUCCUGAUCGGUGGUUGAAAACGUGGCGGAAAGCUGCACCUCGUAAAGAAUUUGAUUUGCCAAAACCUAAUGUGUUUUUAACUGAAGAUUUUACUAUUCUUGAAGAAGACGAAAAACACCCAGAAUACCCUGAAAAAGUAUUGGGUACAGAAGUAGUGGAACUAUGGCACAGAAAAGAUCAAAAAUUCAAAUUGCCAAUUGCGUACUACAAUUUUUACUUCAUAAAUCCGAAGACUAUCGAAACACCGAAAUUAGCAGCUUUAACGGACCUUUACAUGAGCUUAAUGCAGAUUUCGCUAGCCGAAGAAGGUUAUCCUGCACAAGUAGCUCACUUAUCUUAUUCGUUUAGAACUCACGAUAAAGGAAUUGUAAUAGGAGUGUCAGGGUAUAAUCAAAAACUAUAUGUGUUGAUUGAAUUAAUUGCGAAUCAUUUAUUAACUUUCAAAAAAAAUUUAACCCAAGAAAUGUUCAACGCAAUGAAAGACAAACUGAUUAAGUAUUACUAUAAUCGCCUAUUGAAACCCAGUGGUUUAGCAAAGGAACUUAGGUUGACUAUCUUAAUAGCCAAUUAUCAGUCUCUCAUGGAUAAGUUUAUGGUCGCUUCGACGAUCACGUUCGAGGACAUACAAACCUUUGCGGACGAAUUUGUAAAGACAUUGUACAUUAAAGCUCUGGUCCAAGGAAAUGUCUCACGAAAUUAUGCGAUUAAUAUAAUAAGCAAUCUGGUUGCGACACUACAAUGUCAACCCAUAAAUCCUUUGGAAUAUCCAAAUUUCCGGGUGAGCCAAAUACCAAGAGGAGAAUCUUUUUGUGCUAUAGAAUCAUUUAACAAGAACGACUCUAAUUCUGUCGUGACCAACUACUACCAGUGUGGGUCUUAUCAGAUUAAAGACAGCGUUAUAAUAGAUCUUUUAAUGCUGAUUUUAGAAGAGCCUCUUUUUGAUACCCUGCGUACAAAAGAACAAUUAGGAUAUGACGUUCAGUGUUCCACUAGAGAUACUUUUGGUAUUAUAGGUUUUACAAUAACUGUCCACGCACAAGCUACUAAAAACACUACCGCAUUUGUUGAACAGCGUAUGGAGACCUUUGUAGAACAAGCAGCAAAUAUUUUGACAAGCAUGUCUAAGGAAUCUUUUGAAGAUAUAAAAAAAGAUUUUAUAAAAACGAAGCGUUGUGUCGAUGUACAUCUAAAAGAAGAAGUCAACAGAAACUGGACUGAGAUCACCGAUGAAGAAUACAUAUUUGACAGAAUCAAGAAGGAAAUCGAGGAGGUUCAAAAGAUUACCCUCGAAGACGUACAACGGUGGUGGCAAGCACACACUGUUCCUGGUAAUCUGAAUUGUAGGAAAUUAAGUGUUCAAGUUGCAGGUUUCAAAACUUCAAAUGAUCCCGCCACAGAAGAGAAUAAGGACACCGCACAAAAUUCAAAAGGAUCGAAAUUACAAUUGAACUUUAUACAUUCUACUAGUAAUAGAAUGGAAAGUGAAAAAGAGGAACGGUGUUUUGUGGACGAUCUUACUGAAUUUAAAAAAACUUUAUUUUUAUAUCCAGUCGCUAGUAAGUUUAAUAUCAAAGCCUGAAGAUUGUCCGCCUUACCGUUUCAAGACUUCACCAAACAUGUGUUGCCGGUUUUGUAUUUAAAGUGUUCCCACUAUGCUCUACAAACAGAUUAAAAUAUUAAUUUUU